AAGGAAGACUUGCCGUCAAAUAUAGACCACCCAUUGGUUUGCCAUUCGGUUCAUUCCGAGGCCAUAAUAGAGCAUUUGUCGCCUUUGGAUCCAACUUAUUAGCCAACUCUUUGCGAAACACUUCCACAUAUUUAUAGCCAAUGAAUAUAAGAGAAAUGCCGAAAGCAAACAAACCAAUCAUUAAGUAUUCGCACAACUCUUGUUGGUCUUCAAUGGUGUGGCCAACACCAAAAACGGAUCUGAAUCUGUGUCCAUGUCUUGGAACGGAACCAAAUGGCCGAACAUCCGACGUAACCGGCGAUCAGGGCUACACUAUGUGCAACCUCUCUUGGGGGAACUUCUCUUGGGGGAACGGCCAGUUGCACGACAAAAGUGUUCCCUAUAGGGAGGGUUCCUCUAAGGGA